UUCGAGAAAAGAUCGGGUCCCUCUCUAUAGUUUGAAUGAAAAUGCUCGGUUCUGUCCAGACCUCUCCUUUCCUUCAGCACUUUCACUAUGUGUGCAUACCUACAAAAGGUGGUGCUAUCGCCAUGGAUGGCUUCUUGGUCAAACUCUCAGAAGCUAUUCACAGAAGAGCGGUGAAGGCCACGACAAAUAACUUCUGCACUUAUCUCAACAUCCCACUCACGCUCUUCACAGCUAUUCCACAAGUCUCAUUCAUUCCAUCAAUAUGGGUCGCCCGUGCACUUAUCCAAUCUUGGGGGAGGAAGCCGGUACUUAUUAUCGGGUCUAUACUACCCCUAGUUGGAAGCGUCUUCGUGGCUUGGUUCCCCAAUGACGUUGUGGCAGUAUUAGGCCUCUUGAUCAUUGGAUGUAGUAUGCCGUUCUUACAACAGGUGAUUUAUGUCAUCAGUCGUGAACUAAAUGUAGGACGCAUGCAAGGAUGGAUCUCACUUCUAUUUACUGUUAUGAUACAAUAUGGAAAUACCUUGACCAAAGGUAUCAACUUAUCUGCUUCUCGUAAUCUCAAAUCUGGAUGGCGUUGGUCUUUUGGGUAUUGUAUCCUUUUGGUCAUUCCACUAAUCCCAUUAUCUCUCUUUCUUACUGAGACCCCGAGGUUUCUCAUUGAGAAAGGGAGAAUGGACGAAGCAAAAGUGGCUCUAGGGAGGAUAAGAAGAAGUGCAGUAGAAGCAGAGCUCCAAGACUUAGCGGCCUCUAUAGAGAGAGAAGAGAAGAGGCAAUGGAAGAGAUUGUCCAAUUCGCCUCUUCUAAUGGUUAACAUAUUGGCCCAACUAAUACAAAAAUUUAUAGGCUUAGACUCGGUAAUAUUCUUCGGGCCUAUGUUUCUUCGGUCCAUAGGAUACUCCUACCACGCCUCUUUCCUCGCGCCAUUCAUUGCUAGUGUAAUUCGGACUGGAGUCGCGGGAUUUACCUAUCCGACUUACACCUACUUCGGUCGACGGAGGACACUAAUCUGCACAUGUGUAGGCAUGUUUCUAGCUCAGAGUGGUUUAUUUGGUCUUUUCCUGGCUAGUGGACAUCUUAUCUAUCAACUGAGUGCACGGAGUUUCUACAUCGCCACAGCCUUUGCCAUGCCCCUAGUGGGAUUUUAUUCAUUGCUAAAUGGACCGUGUGAUUGGACCACAGCGUCAUAUCCCGAAGGAACAGAACUUCUUGGCGCAUCUUUGGAGAUGACUGCAUCCACAUUCAUGUCACUGAUCAUGAACCCAACAAUGAUGUGGAUUAUUUGCUUUAUGAAGGUUUGGGUCUUCGCCUUUUUUGCUGUGGGUAUUCUCUGUGUUGGAUGGUUAAUAUGUAAAUUCCUACCUGAGAGGGCUCGGAAAAGGGAUGGUGAAUCAAAUGAAGAUAUGUGGAGAGGCCAUUGGUUUUGGAAAAGAUUUCUUCCAAAAGAGGAUCGUGAUGAGAUUGUAUAGCUAGGAGCAUAGACAUGAAAGUCAAAAAAAACAUGUGUACUUUGUGGUACCUUUACUUAUAUAUGUAUGUUGUAUUGUUGUACUGUUGUAUUGUUGUAUGACAGAACCCAUAUCAGCUAAUUAUGGAUUUACCCUAUUGAUUUCCUA